AUGGCAGUUCCACAAGAAAAUGUAGAAGAAAGCAUGCCGGCUCAGAUCAAAUCGGUCGACAUGAGCGACGACAUGGCAGAUGAGGCUAUUGAUGUUUGCCGACAAGCUAUGAUUAAACAUUCAGUUGAAAAGGAUAUCGCACAAUAUAUCAAGAAAGCCUUUGAUGAGAAACGAGGUCCAACAUGGCAUUGUAUCGUGGGUCGGAACUUUGGAUCAUUCGUCACCCACGGUAUUCCUCCUUUAGCCCUGACUUUUCUUGUCACUUCUUUCUGA